UUUCUUUGCACACUCUGGCAUCGCCAAGCGAUCAGCUGUUGCGUUUUUUGUAUAUAAACGUUUUCAAGCGGCAAUUUGUGCCAAACUCUGCGCUAUGGAAGCCAAAAAGAUAUCCUUUGGCUUUAGCAAAGUUGCCAAGAAGCCAAAUAUAUUGCCUAGCAAAGCGACAAAAGAAGAGAACAAAGUGGAGCUUAUAAAAUGCCUCGAAGGCAAGGAAAUCAAGCUUGUGGCAGAAAAACUGGAAGCUACUCCACUUGUCAUACAAAUGCAAACAAAUCAGAAGACCUCCACGGCACUGGCAAGUCUAAUGAAACGACGCGCAGUCCUGCUCGGCGAGGAUGAUCCCGAACCGGAGGAGUCGGCUGUCGAAGCGCAAUCCAUAGCUGAAGUGACAGCAAAUGGAGAAAGCGCCAGCUUAGAACAACGAGCUGCACGGGAACUACUCGACGCCGCACAAGGCAACAGCAAUAAUGUUGGUGAAGGUGAAAAACUUGUAUUGCCGGCGCUAAAAGCUGAUGAACUGCCUCUGGAUGGUGCCAAGGAGGCGACCCUUAAUGACUAUGACAACAUACCUAUACAACACUUUGGUCUGGCCAUGCUGCGUGGCAUGGGCUGGGUCGAUCCACCGCCAGUCUCCAAAAAAAAGGGAGCCGCACCGAUAGAUGAUGCGCCAUUCUUGCGACCCAAAGGCAUGGGCCUGGGCGCUGACAAGGCACUCAAGCCGAAGGCGUUGCUUGUGCAGCCAGAGAAGAAUGAAGUGCUGGAAAUAAAAAAACAAGCUUUUGUACGCAUCUUGGGUGGCAAACAAAAGGACCAAUAUGGACAAAUCGAAGGAUUCGACGAUCAUGCAGGUCGUGUUAUUGUCAAAAUGGCUAUUGGAGGCGCCAAGGAGGCGUUCAACGAGUUCCUCUGUCAGCCCGUGUCGCGCAAGGAGUACGCACAAUAUGCCAAGUGCAUAAAUUCGGCUAAAUACGAGGAGUUCAAAAAACAUGAGAACGAACACGGUCAAAUUGUGAUCAAGCGGGAAAAAUCAACUGAACGAUCCAGCGCUAAAUCAGAGCGUAACGAAAGGCAACGUGAUGAGGAGCGCAAGUUGUAUAGGUUGAAGGAUGAAGAUCGCAAGCCAUAUAAGACAGAGCAGCGAAGUGUCAAGCCUGAAGAUCAACGAACUGAGAGCAGGGACUACAAAGAGGAACGCAGUUCAAGCUCAAGUUACAAGCAUGAGGAACGCAAACUCCACAGGGGUGAAGGCAACAGCAGCUAUAGUCGGUAUCAGCAACAACGUGUUCAAGACGCCAGUAGCACAUCAAAAUCGAGCAGCCGACGACGGCAGCAAAGCAGCUCUGACGAAGCUGAGGAUACAGGUGAAUCAACCGAGAGUGAUUCUGAUUCAGCUUAUGAGCGCAAGAAGAAAAUUAAAUCUAAGAGCAGUAGUAGUAAAUCGAAGAAAAGCAAGUCCAAGAAAUCUAAAAGUAAAUCCCAUCGUCAUCGUCACUCCUCGAGCAGCGGCGAGGAGAGUGACGGCAGCAUAGGCGAGUGCUCGCGACAUCGUCAUCGGAGCAAACACAAAAGGAAAACCAAAAAGAGUAAACAUGCGCGUUCCCGCACACGUUCCAGAUCACGGGAGGGGCGUGGCAAGUAAUUAGUAAAAAGGGAGGCAGAGGAA